GCUUUAAUGCCACAAGAACCCAUUGAGUAAAAAAGUCCUAUUGUUUCCUACUCAAUCCUUUUUGAGCGUGUUACUGUAUGUUGUCUCUUGAGAAUAUACAUGGAGCUCUUCAAACAUGGCAUGUCAUCAGUCAAGCUCCGCCCAGUAAACAACAACAACACUCUUUUUGAUGCUCCGCCUACAAAUAGUAAAAGCGUAAACACUCUGUGAACACACUAUCAGCGUUAUCAGAUGAGAUGCACGUAACCGUCCAUGGUGUCCACAAAACAAUUUGGUCGAAAAAGCCCACCUGGAAAGGAGGAUACACCUUUACACGGAGCAGUGAUGCGUUUGUAAUGUAAAUGGAUGAGAAAAAUGAGGAGCGACGGAUUGAAAGUUGUUUUCAUGCUUUGUCUUGCUUUUGUCACUACAGGAGGAAAAAGUUUUGAAAGUACAGUGUCCCAGUUACUCCAAGACGACACAGAGGAUCUUAAAUGUUUUGUGGAGGGAAAAAAGGAUCUCACUUGCUUCUGGGAAGUGGAGGAAGCGAGGAAUGAUCAAUAUACCUUCAUGUAUUCAUACGAGAAUGAGAAGAAGAUGCCUUGUGUGGUUUCCUCUCGUUUUUUACUGGCCAGUAACAAAACCGUCUUCUUCUGCAAACUGCCCCAAACCCUGUUCUUCGCGGCUCUUGACGUGCAGGUGAUCCGUGAUGGCCGGACUCUCUAUAAUCGCAGCCUCAGAGCGGAGAACGUCAUAUUUGUAGAUCCUCCCAGAAACCUGACGGUCACGAGCUCAGGGAAGGAAGGGCAGUUGAACGUGAGCUGGCUGCCUCCUCCGCUCAAACACAUGGACGACAGUAUGAUAUACGAGGUCAGAUACGCAGUGGAGGGAAGUCACAUGGGAAAGGUGGAGGAGAUGAAGGCGAGCACCAUGCUGGUUUUGCGGGACUUGCAGUCCAGCACCAGAUACAAGGUGUGGGUCCGUGUCAAACUCGACGGCGUCUCCUUCAAGAGCUACUGGAGUUCUUGGACCGAUCCUGUGUUUGCAGACACGCUACCAAGCGGCAUGGAUCCGCUGAUCGUGUUACUGGUGCUUUCCAUCGGAUUGAUCCUCUGCCUCCUGUCUCUCACUGUGAUUCUGUCCAACCACAAGUUUCUUCUGAAGAAACUGUGGCCUGACAUCCCCACGCCUGAGCACAAGUUUCCAGGUCUCUUCACAGUCUACAAAGGGGAUUUCAAGGAGUGGAUGAGCCAAAAUAAUGGGAGCGCGUGGGGAAGAUCAGUCCAUGUGUUCACGGAGGAGCUUCCCUCACCCGUGGAGGUUUUGUCCGAGGUUUCUCUGACCAGCUACGGCACGUCCCCGAGAGAGGAGAGGAAACCUGCGGAGGAGGUAGAAGAGAGCGAGCGCACGGAUUCGGGAUUAAUGGGAGGGUGGCGAGAACCUCCUCACGCUCACUGGCUCAUGGAGCAACUGAGGGCGCUUCAAGAAAACCCAGAAUCUCUCUCCCAGUCUACGUUACUGCAGUCACAUGACACCUACGUGGCUCUCAAUCAGAACUCGCAGCAUGUGGAAGAAGUUGCCGAGCGGCCGGUGGACGAUGUCUUCGAGGAAACGUUACCGCUUCAGACGCUCUUUGCCACCGAGGGAACGUCGUCCUCGUCGUCUGACCUCGGCUCGCUCCCGCAGAGCUCGGGUUCGGGAAGACUGUCCUCGCAAUCCAGCUUCGAGUAUCCCAACCACACGUGGCCCCCCAAAGGGCCUGGAUACACCUACAUGGCGGUCGCAGACUCGGGGGUUUGCAUGGACUACAGCCCGAUGUGCUCCAGCAGGAUCGCGGAGCUCGGGAAACACGGGAUCCACACCAAUGAAUACAAAAACGAGAUUUUUGCCAGCAAGUGGCAAUUCUCCAGUCAACAUGUCGAAUCUGGAUACUGAUACCUUACCUCAGGGUCUUACUGACUUCUGUUUGACGCAUGAUGUCGGAGGACAUUUGAAAACACUAGGAUG